GAAAGAGUGAAUUUAAGGAGAAAAACGAUUAAUUCCAUCAACGAAGAAAUAAUAUAGCCGAAUUAUAUCUUGGUUUUCACCAUGGACUCAGACGACUGUAGUACGAAAAAGUCGGGCCGAGGGCGUGGAAAGACCAGAGGCACUAGAGGGCGCGGUCGCGGUCGUGGCCGUGGACGUGGAAAGAAAGCAACACGAGUAAUCUCUUCCGACGAAGAAGAAGAAGUCGCAUCACCCGAACCGGAAAAGGAAGUCGUAUUACCAGAAAAGCAGCAAUCAGUCGCUAUCAAAGAACCAGCGGCGAUUGUGCCGAUUGCACAAGACCCGCCUGCCGAGCCGAACCCGGAACCAUUGACGAGCAUUCUACCGGCGCCCGGUAGUGCUCCGCUUAUUAUCGACAUGGAAGCAGACAUUUCCCAGCUGGAAGCACCCACCUUUACGACAAUAAGCCGUGGUCCACCGGAACCGAUGUUACGUCUGAGCUGGAACCACAAGGUGAAUCUUAUCGGGGAGAAGGUGCUAAACCCAAUGAUCUACUGCUGCGAUCAGUGCGACAAUCCAAUACUUAUCUACGGUCGAAUGAUACCGUGCAAGCAUGUAUUUUGUCUUCGGUGUGCACGCUCCGACACAUUCAAGGUGUGUCCACGCUGCAACGAGAAGGUUGUACGGGUGGAACAAACGCGCCUCGGUACGGUAUUUAUGUGUACACAUGGUGGGACACGGUAUGGGAAUACUGGCUGUCGGCGGACGUACCUUUCCCAACGAGAUCUACAGGCACACAUUAAUCACCGACACGUGACAAAUCCGGCCCCACCGGCACAGUCAACGAUACAACCGCUGGUUAUUCCGUCCCCACAACAAACCGUCCCGAUUCAGCCGAUGGCACUCUCGCCGAUGAGUAAGCUAGUGUCUGAAAAGGUAAACGCCGGUGGGGUUGCAUUGCGUAAGAACUCCAGUGAACAGCACAGUUCUCCACGGUCAGGAAUGAUGCGCCAGUCCGAGAUGGGCGAUAGUUACUAUAAUUACGGUAGCUCUAGCUCGUACAAUACAAACCAUCCUGCUCCGAAUCAGCAUUUGUCGCGCGCCAGCUACUCACCUUACGCACAUCAGACAUCAUCUCCGCAGCAGCAACAAGUGCAGCCGUCUACAUCAUCCUCAAUAUCGUCGAACCACUGGAGCCAAUCCACCAGUCAGUACUAUCGUUAAAAUUGAACUGAUGUACGUUUUUGAGAUGUUCCGGUUAAGGAUGCAAAUUAAGUAAGAUAAAUCAUCGAUUCGAACCGUACACUUGUUUAUAAAUCAACAUGCCAAGUGCAAACAUCGUAGACGAUCGAAUCGAUAUGGUUAGCGAUUAAAAUCUCGCUUCAAGUUUUGGAAUGAGGUUAUAAAUAUUAUUUAGAUACACAAAAAGCGUUAUAAUUAUGUACGCUUGAACUAAUUGGAAAUUAUAAAGAUAGUUAAGUUUUAGUUGGAAGAUUCAUUUUUUCUCAAAUUAAUAGAACUCAUUAAACUAUUUUUUUCACUGUAACUAGCUUGUUCUUAUUGUUUUCGUAUUUUAAAAGCAUUUGAGGUGCAUUUAAUGUGAUGUAUUUCUCUCUUAUGCAAAAGAAAUAUUGAAUAUCCCAGGGCUA